AUGGCAGCAAAGGUAAGCGUAAACAAGAGGGCUGAUCCAGCAGAGCUCAAGUCCAUGAAGUAUGCCAGUGUGGAGAGAAAUGGAGAGCUUUACAUAUCCCCAGAGGACUUUGUGUCCAAGUUCCUGCAUGCACAAUCAGACAUACGACUGUCCAAGGAGGCUACAGUCCUACUAGCAGGUGUUGUGGACCAGACCAAACAUGGGUUGAUCUCCUUUCCUGAGUUUUUGCUUUGUGCUCUGGAUGCUCUCUUCAUGGUUACCUUUCAGCUCUUCGACAAAACUGGAAAUGGAGUUGCCACUUUUGAGGAUGUGAAACAAGUUUUUGGACAGACCACUAUUCACCAGCACAUCCCCUUUAACUGGAACUCCGAGCUUGCUCAGCUUCACUUUGGCGCAGAGAGGAAGAAACACCUGAACUAUGGGGAGUUCACUCAGUUUCUGCUGGAGAAGCAGACUGAACAUGCCAGACAGGCUUUUGUGCAAAGAGACAAGGCCUGGACAGGCACCAUCACUGCUCUGGAUUUCAGGGACGUUAUGGUGACCAUCAGACCACAUAUGCUCACACUAUUUGUGGAGGAAUGCUUAGUGGCAGCGGCCGGUGGCAGAACGUCACAUCAGGUCAGCUUUUCCUACUUUAAUGGCUUCAACUCUCUGCUAAACAACAUGGAGCUCAUUAGAAAGAUCUACACCACCCUGGCAGGCAACCGCAGAGUUGUGGAAGUUACUAAAGAAGAGUUUAUCAUUGCUGCUCAGAGGUUUGGCCAGGUGAACCUCAUGGAAGUGGACAUCCUGUUCCAACUGGCUGACUUGGCUGAGCCGAGAGGACGCGUUGGUUUAGUUGACACUGAGAAGAUAGCACCUCUUGAGGAGGGAGCCUUACAUUACAACCUUACUGAUAUUCAAAGACAGCAGUCUGGUGGGGACAUAUCUCGCUCUGUAAUGAUUCAGGCCGCUGAAUCUGCGUACAGGUUCACCCUGGGCUCUGUGGCUGGAGCCGUGGGUGCCACUGCUGCGUACCCCAUCGACCUAGUGAAGACCCGCAUACAGAACCAGCAUUCUUCAUGUUCCUUCAUAGACGAGCUGAUGUACAAGAACAGCUUUGAGGGCUACGAGGGCUUCUUCGGCCUCUAUAGAGGCCUCGUACCGCAGCUUCUGGGCGUGGCUCCCGAGAAAGCCAUAAAGCUUACAGUAAACGACUUUGUGAGAGGAAAGGCAAUGCAAAAAGACAGCACCGUUCCUCUAGCUGCUGAAAUCCUGGCUGGCGGAUGUGCUGGUGGAUCUCAGGUAAUCUUCACAAACCCCCUGGAGAUUGUGAAGAUCCGGCUGCAGGUGGCAGGAGAGAUCACCACAGGGCCACGCAUCAGUGCAUUCUCUGUCAUCCAUGACCUGGGCUUCUUCGGCCUGUACAAGGGUGCAAAUGCCUGUUUCCUGAGAGACAUCCCUUUCUCAGCCAUCUACUUGCCCUGCUACGCACACACCAAGGCAGCUUUGACUGACAAGGAGGGGCGAGUGGGACCUGGCAGGCUUUUGCUGGCAGGGGCGCUGGCGGGCAUGCCUGCAGCAUCCCUGGUGAUCCCUGCCGAUGUUAUCAAGACCCGGUUACAAGUGACUGCCCGUGCAGGCCAGACCAUGUACAAUGGACUCAUAGACUGUUUUUGGAAGAUUCUGUGGGAGGAGGGGCCUCGUGCCUUUUGGAAAGGAGCUGGAGCAAAAUGUGAAGUCUCUCCUCCACCAUCAAUGCUUCUCCUCAUUCAUCUUCUCUGCUUCUAUCCUCACCACAGAAAACCAGCUGGCUUGGAGCCUACUCCCAAGUCUCGGAUCAGCCUCCCGGCGCCUAAUCCUGACCAUAUUGGUGGCUUCAGGUUGGCCGUGGCCACGUUUGCUGGCAUUGAGAGUAAAUUUGGACUGCAUCUACCACAAUUCCAAGUGACUGCCGCCCCCACGUCAGACCACGCAUGAGGCUAACGCGUCAACCCGGAGGUGCUGUUAGAGUUCGGCUGCACUGGCACAAACGUACAUUUAUGAAUCUCUUCCUUCUUAUUGAGAACAUAAAUCUUUCAACAGAUGAUUGAGAAAUUAUGUUUUAUGUGAUUAUUAGGGCAAAUUACAGCUUUAAUGUAAAGUACAAAAGAAAUGGGAUGAUGCUUAAUUUUUUAUAAUCUACCAAAAAAAGAUUGCUCAGUGGCAUUAUAGCAUGACUCAUUUAUUAAUUGUAAGUCAAAUAAUAUGAGAUAAUAUUUAAUUUUAUGCAUUCAGUUCUGUUUACCUUAAAAUAAAUGUAGUUUAUACAAACUGUUAAUGCAAACCAGUUACUGCAGAACAUUUACUUAAGUCAAUGUAACUGAUUGGCUUAGAAAAGACAAUCUAAAGACAACUCUUUAAAUUUGAUUUCCAAGUCUGUUUAUGAAUAUUGCCAAGUUUAAAAACAAUCUAAACAUAUCCAGUUGAAUCAGAAUAAAUUAGAUGUUUUCCAACUAUUUUUUAAAUAGAUGUGCAACCUGUUUACAUGAUUUUUCUUUUCUUUUUUUAACCAUAAAACUAUAUGUAAGCACAUAUACCAUGCACAGGGGCAUCUGUCAAUGUCUUUUCAUUUCAUUACAGAUGUGGGCACUCUUAACUUUGAAUGUAUUAUACUGUAGUUUUUCAUGUUCAUGUUUGUAUCAUUCAUUGAGGUAAAGAAAUUCAGCCAAUUAAGUGUCAGUUGUCUUUUUAGGAUCUACUUAUGGUGAUUUUUAUGGUCUGUGUAAUAUGAGACUCUACAGUCAGGUUUUGCCGAUAAAAUACUAUAUGUCAGUUUAAGGGUACUGUAUUUCUCUACCCUAAGAAAAUAAUGAUGUUAAGAUACUAAUUUGAUUUGUACGGUACAGAAUUGAAUGUACAUAUAGUGUGUAAAGAUUGUGCCUUACUUUAUGUAUGGCAGCAAUACUGGUACU